AUGGCAUUAAGUCAAAAUACAAAGAAGCUGAUUAUACGGAUUGUGUUAUUUCUCGUCUACCUUCUCGUUGGAGCUGCAAUUUUUCAAGCGAUCGAACGUCGCAACGAGAAGAAAGAACGAGAAAAUUUUCCGUUCGAGGACAUCAAGACAAAGUUUCUCACCAAGCACAACAUUAGCGAGAGUGAAAUGAACGAGUUCCUUAGGAAACUAAAGAAAGCUAUAGAGCUGGGUUUCGAUUUGCAGACGGGAAAAUUUCCUGACGAAGAACAGUGGCAUUUUAUGAAUGCAUUUGUCUUCGCUGGGAAUGUAGUUACUACUAUAGGUAAGUAAAUCUUUAAAAGCUGUUAACUUAAGGCGAUUGAAGUAACAAUAGAGUAGAUUUUGCGCGGAGCGCGGCGUAAUUCUUCGCUGGCUUGAAAUCCGCGCAAUACGACUUACGCAUUAUGAGCCCUAGCAACAGCUAACAGCGCGCGUGAAAUGAUAGCUCUAUAAGAGCGACUUAGAGCAUUAGCAAGCCAAAAUCGCUAUUUAUCUUUGCGCCUCUGUUGCAGGUAGCUCUUAGAUCGCUGAUGUGUUAUAUUUAGAGCACGAUUCGUACUUGUUUUCGACAGAGUUUCGCAUGAAUUCAAAGAAGUCGUAGUGAUGCUUAGACAUUACAGAUUCGGUCAAUUUUGGCUUCGUCUCAUCAGAGGCAGCUGUGUCCAAUGAUUGUUUAAUAUUUAAAUUUUUCAAGGCUUUAAAUGUGCCGAGGAAAACGCAGCCAGCAGCACUCGAAGAAAUUUAUAACAUUGAAGAAUAAUCAGCCAAAUAAGAGAGGAAACUCAAUCUUCCACGUCGAGAACGAAUAUUUGGUCUUAUUCAUCUCUGAAAAUGUAAUAACAAUAUGCUUAAAUUGGCUGCCCAAGCAUAAACCUCUUAGAAUUUUUACAGCAGGGAUUUAUUGGCUGCUUUAUCUGCUUGUUCCAUUCCAUCGUGUAGUACUAGGGAAUAAACAAUCCUUAAAAAAUGAUGCUACGAUGUAUAACACUCUUUCAUAAUUAUGUGUCUAUCAGAACUUUGUUUUUGGUUCUGUCAUUUCUCUUCGAUUAAUUGUGUAUGUAGGUAAUAUUAUAAGGUAUUACGCAAGCCAAUUUUAUCGGAAGUAUUACAAAAGCAUUUGUAAAGACGCGAAAGGGUAUAGAAAUGUCCCUACUAUUUAAACCUCAAACAUUUACAUUUACUAGACAACGGCUAAAGCCGCUCAUGAUUUAUGCUUCUAAAUUAACAAUCCUCAUGUCAUUUUAAGGAACGAAGAUGAUCACUUUAUCGAGCUAACACAGUCUGUUUUCGAUAUCUUUGUUUUCAUUCAACCCGCCUCGCAGAUUCUAGCCGCAAAACGCACUGCGGUCAUUUGCCGCAACAAAGCACUCAAAUGCUUUAGAUAAACAACAUAUGUGGAGGUUAAGUAUUGCUCAGCUCGAAUGCUAAUGUGUUGUAAUCAACUAGAGCAAUUUUCAGGCGUCUAGUUUUAAGAUCCUGGGCCUGGAUAUUAAGUGAAACUGGCAGUAGAACUGGCGGGAAAAACAAAUUUCCAAACUUCAACCGUGGUUUUUGAGUGAACUCUCGAUAAUUAUAAUCACAACUUUGACGCGUUGAUAGCCCGAACAAAUUAAUAACAACUUCGUUGGAUUUAAAAUGGAUCUGUAUUUAACUUAUAUGUCGCUCUCACACAAAUAUUUGUUGGGGCUUAACGUAGUUUAGGCACUGACAGUUGCCCAGGCGCACGAAAAAGGAACACGAGACGUUGGGAUGUUAGUGAGAGCACUAAAUUUUGCGAGUUUUUUUUUUGGCGCAAAACACGAAGAGAAGGUAGCAAAUCAUACAAGUGACUUUAUAUUUAUCUCUGCUACUAUGAUCCUUGGUGUUAUUAUAAUCAUUAGUAUAGCUAUUAUUACACUUAAGGUUUAUAUGUUUUUGAAAAUAAACUUGCAUGGUUGAGUUGUUCAUCUUUUUCCGGCUAAGGGUUUGUACUGUAUUUUUUCUCUUCAUCAGGUUACGGUCAUCUAGUUCCAACUUCGUCUUUGGGUCGUUGGUUUUGUAUCUUCUACGCAUUAGUUGGAAUACCCUUAACGGGUCUGACGCUUCGUUCCGUGGGUAACCGGAUUUCUGAGGAAAUUUCUUCGAUUAUAAAAGGUUUCGAAAGAAAGGUUUACAACAGAGAAUCAGAUAAACUGGAAAUCAAGACUGCCAUUAUAGCUUUUAUUUUGCUACUGGUGAUAAUAAUAAUCCCAGCUUUUGGAUUUCACGCAUUAGAAGGAUGGUCCUAUGAGAAUUCGGUUUAUUUUUGUUUCGUUACCUUAUCGACCAUUGGAUUUGGUGAUUUUGUAACAGGGAAUCGUACAGGUUUAAUAGAGGACGAGGCAACCAACGUUGUUUUGGAGUUUCUGAAUCUCAUCUAUAUGGUUGUAGGACUGGCAGUUAUGUCUGGUGUCAUUGUUUCAAUAAGUGGAGUUAUCGAAGAAAAAACUAAACUUAUAGCUAUGCCAGAUCCUUUUGAAACAUUAAGAGUUGGAAAUUUGAAUUCAAAAGCUUUAAGGAAGCUUGGAAUGGGACCAGCAGGCCCCGGUGACGGUGUCAGGCCUAAAAUAGACAGAAUCCCUCCGAAAAUAAACUCACAGUCAGUAAUGCGAGCAGGGAUACCUGAGAGUGGUGGAUCAGUUCUAGAUCGCAGUCGAUCUGCCGACAAUAUGGACUUUCAAGGCCCGACGCCAAUUCUACAUUUAACUAAAAAUACUGAACAAACUGGGGAAAUUUCGAAAAACGAAAGAUCUCCCGAAAACUGCACUAGACCUAAAUUGUUAUUUAAUAAUAAAGUUGUUCCAGUCGAAUCUGCGGGAGCGUUGACUGAGCAAGGUCCCAGAAAGAAUUCUACAUUGUCAUUCGAAAACAGAAGCGACAGUCACGACGAAAUUGAGAGGGAAGUCGCUCCUGAUGAAGGAAAUUCGAGAAGAAAUACUUUAACAGAAAAAAGAGGAAGCAGAAAUGAACUAGUAAGUAUUCUAGUUUGUGAAUAA